AUGUCUAAGAUAUUUGCGUUUUUGCUAUUGGUAGCAACAACCAAUUGCUACUUGGAUCCUCAAUUGAUCAAAGACUAUUUCCAAGAGAAAUCGGUUAAAACAGCGCAAAUUUACAGUUGUGCUCCAAAAAUUGGUAAAAAUUGCCUGAAAAAUUUGAAGGAACCGCUGAAGAUCACAGCGCUUCAGUAUAUUGGACUAUGGCAGAAGAACUUGGCAUCGGCGUUUGUUUUCCGACACCCUAAACGCAAAGCCGCCUUCGAAGUGUUUCUAAGACCUUUGCAGAAGUUCGUCUGGGUCACCAUUGUCUUUGCUAUCGUCGUCGUCGCUCUGAUCCUCAAGUUCGUGGUGAAGUUCGAAGCGCAGAUCCGUGGGAACACGAGGAAUCGCGAGAUCGAGUCGACUUGGAGCUCAAUGCUGCUCAUGAUCUUAGGAGCCUUGUGUCAGCAAGGUUGUUCGAACAUUCCUGCGUUCAUUUCAGGUCGCAUCGUCACGAUCUUCGUCUUCGUCUUCUCGGUGCUACUCUACCAAUUCUAUUCGGGAAGUAUAGUUUCCUUUCUGCUGAUGCAACCAGCGAAAACCAUGAACACCAUAAGGGAUUUAGCGUUCAGCGAUCUUCGUAUGGGAUGCGAAGAUAUUUUGUACACAAGGCAAUAUUUCAAACAAUUGUUUCAGAACAAGGAGAUUGCUAGGAUGACGAAGCGAACGUACAAAGCUAACGCUCCAUUCUAUUUACACCCAGAAUUAGGUUUGGAGUUGGUCUCGCGCGGAGGAUUCGCGUAUCACGUCGAUUUGGCCACAGCUUAUUCCAUCAUCGAGAAGACUUUUCAAGAAUCCGCCAUCUGCGAACUCGAGGAAAUCCCGUUCUUCGAAGCCAGACCGGUGAUGUCCUCUUUUCCCAAAGGAUCACCCUUCAGAGACGCGUUCAACUACUGUUUUCAGAAGAUGGCCGAACGCGGCAUCUUCAACAGACAGACGAAACACUACCACGCGAGGAAACCCGACUGCAUUCGUUCCAAUGCACCCACAUCUCCGGUGGGAAUCGACGAAUUCUAUCCAGCCAUGGUCAUCCUAUCAAUCGGAGUGUCCUUGAGUUUAACAGUCUUGAUUUUAGAACAAAUCGUUCACAUUCACACCAGAAAGCAGAACAAGAAAAAACUGUUUCAGUUCACUAAUUAACAAAAAUCUAGAACUAUUAUAACUUACCCUAAUUAAU